AGAGGUCAAUUUAGCGGAUCUACUGCCAAAUCGACUGCAGAUCGCUCUCCAGUCGACCCUGGUACUCCAUCCCAAACGAGAAAAUUAAGAUAUAUUUUAAGUCCACAAAAUGGACCAGCAGAACCUCACCACUACAGUGACUGAAUUUGUGCUCCUGGGACUCACCCAGAGUCCUGAGCUAGAGCAUUUUUUCUUCAUUGCCUUCUUCAUAGUAUAUGUGACCACUUGGUUGGGAAAUUUAACCAUCAUCAUCACGGUGAUCUCUGACCACCACCUCCACACCCCUAUGUACUUCCUGCUGGCAAACCUGGCUUUCCUAGAUGUCAGUGACUCAUCGGUCAAUACUCCCAGAUUGCUGUUGUGUCUCCUCUCCCAGUGUAAAACCAUCUCAUUCAAUGACUGUCUCCUCCAGAUCUUCUUCUUCCACUUCAUAGGGGGUGCAAUGGUAUUUUUCCUUGUGGGGAUGGCAGUCGAUCGGUAUGUGGCCAUCUAUAAACCACUGAGAUACUUGAUUAUCAUGAAUCGGAGUGUGUGCGUGGGGAUAGUGGCACUGGCGUGGCUGGGUGGAUUUGCUCACUCUGCUGUUCAGAUUGGAUUGCUCCUCCAGCUACCAUUCUGUGGGCCGAACGUCCUGGACAAUUUUUACUGUGAUGUCCCACAGGUCAUCAAACUGGCCUGCACUGACACCCAUGUGAUCGAGCUGCAGAUGGUCUUCAAUAGUGGAGUGCUCCUUCUAAUUGUAUUCAUAAUUCUGCUCAUUUCCUACAUCAUCAUCUUAGUCCAGAUCAGGUCACAUGUCACGGACGGGAAGCGCAAGGCUCUGUCAACCUGUGGAACCCAGAUUACCGUGGUGUGUUUAAUAUUCAUACCCACCAUCUUCAUCUAUGCUCGGCCCUUCAAGAAGUUUGCCCUGGACAAAGUGGUGUCUGUCAUUUACACAGUAAUCACUCCAAUGCUGAACUCAAUGAUCUACACGUUGAGAAAUGCUGAGAUGAAAAAGGCCAUCAAGAGACUGAUGAGCAGAUUCCUGUUCUCAUGCAGGAAACUAAAAACAUAA